AUGGUGAACGGAAGUAACUGGAAUAAUCCUCAACCUGUCAACUUUUGGACCUCGAUCCUGGGCUUGCCAACCCUCAUCAUUGCCCAAAUUGGGCUGGUGGGAAAUGCAGUUGUGUUCUGGCUUCUGGGCUUCCGCAUGCACAGGAACGCCCUCUCAGUCUACAUCCUCAACCUGGCGGGAGCCGACUUCCUUUUUCUCUGUUUUCAUGUUAUAGUUUCUCUGAACAAACUCAACCUCACUUUCCUUUCCUUUCUCGCCUUCAUCCUCAACUACUUACCCAUUGUAAUGACCUGUUCCUACCUUACAGGCCUGAGCGUGUUGAGCGCCAUUAGUGCUGAGCGCUGCCUGUCCAUCCUGUGUCCCAUCUGGUACCGCUGCCACCGUCCGAGACACACGUCAGCUGUCAUAUGUGCCCUACUCUGGGCCCUGUCCCUGCUGCUGAGCAUCCUGAAGGAGAUCCACUGUAAAUUCCUAUCUACAGAUUUAAUCUAUUGGUGUCAGACAUUUUAUUUUAUCACAGCCUUGUGGCUGAUUUUUUUAUUUAUAGUUCUCUCUAUAUCUAGUCUCACCCUGCUCGUCAGAAUCCUCUGUGGCUCUCGGAGGGUGCCACUGACCAGGCUGUAUGUAACUAUUGGGCUCAUAGUUCUAGUCUUCCUCUUUUGUGGCCUGCCUAUAGGCAUCCUAAGGUUUCUGUCAUUGUGGAUUCAUAAUAAUGAUGUGAUUCUGCAUUUUUCUGAGGGGACUGCUUUAUUUCUGUCCUGUAUUAACAGCAGUGCCAAACCCAUCAUUUACAUAUUUGUUGGCUCCUGUAGGCGGGGACAAAACCUUUGGCGGCAGCAACCAUCGCUCAAGUUGGUUCUGGGGAAGGCCUUCCAGGACACACCUGAGGUUAAGAAAAGUGGAGGAAGCCUUCCUCAGGAAACAACAGAGAGUCCAGUUGUCCCUUAA